AUGGUUAUUGGAGUGAUCGACACUGGCAUUACACCUACACAUCCUUCUUUCCAAAGUUUUAAUGAAGUUUCGGCUCCUCCUGUUAAUUGGUUCGACAAUUGUUCGUUUGGACAGGAUGUAUGCAACAAUAAGUUGAUUGGUGCAAUGGCAUUUCAGAAUGGCAAUAAUCCAUCACCACUUGAUGACAUAGGCCAUGGGACACAUUGUGCUAGCACGGCCGGUGGAAGCCCAGUUUAUGAUGCUGGAAUCCUCGGCCAAGCUAGAGGAACGGCGGUACGGACUGCACCACGAGCUCAUAUCUCUGCUUACAAAGUAUUGUAUGGAGGCCAAGGAUGGGAUUAUGAUUUUCUAGUAGGCAUAGACCAAGCUGUUCGGGAUGGUGUCGAUGUGCUCUCAAUGUCUCUUAGUUCCGGCGCGAAAAACUUUUUGGAUAGUGGCAUUGCGGUGUCCUCUUUCUACGCUAUAACUAAAGGAAUAGUUUCUUGUGCUUGUGCAAUGAAUGAAGGACCAACAACAAAGGACCCCAUUAGAUGGAAAACAGGUCAACAAGCAAAAGUCACAGUUUGUUGCGCAAACUUAGCAAGCAGCACCGAUAGAAGGAUAAAGGUAACUGUGGAGCUUGGUAAUGGAAUGGAAAUCGAUGGUGAAUCCUCUUAUCAACCAGAUAUACACAAUGCUACUAACUUGGAACUUGUAUUCCCUAGAGCAACAGGUAGAGAUUCUGAUCUCCAAUGUUCAUCACUAAACCCGAUCGAUGUCAAAGGAAAAAUAGUUUUAUGCAUGGUUGGUCCUAUCUCCAACAUGGAGAAAGGAGAGCUCGUAAAAGCUGCUGGAGGAGAAGUAAUGAUUGUCAUGAAUAACAUAAAAUACGGAUUAACGAUGUUUGCAGAUCCUCAUGUUCUGCCUGCUGCUCAUAUUAGUAAUUUUGAUGCUAGAAGGCUAGUGUCCUAUGUGCAAACUAGAAACCCAACAGCAUCAAUUGUCUUCAAAGAUACACAAUUUGGAGCCUCUCCCGCUCCUUGCAUAGCUUUUUUCUCUGGAAGAGGUCCUAGUCAGUAUAAUGGAGGCAUUAUAAAGCCAGACAUCGUCGCACCAGGAGUGAAUAUUCUUGCAGCUUGGCCGGUUGAAGUUGGGCCUAACCCAACAGGAAACACAACGAUACAAAGAGUCAACAUUACAAACCAAAGAAAACAAAACAGAAAGAAAACCUAA